UUGUUUUUUGCAGCCUCUCAUUGGUCCUCUCGAGCGCGUGCUUCUGUCGCGGGCGCGCGCAGUGACAGCUGUCAUCGGGCGCGCGCGGCGGAGCGGGUGCACAACAGGAGCAAAAACAUCAAAUAUCUUCGCUUACGUAUAAUGGCCGCUGGCUCGAGCUCCAUGAGGAUUCUCAUUAAAGGUGGGCGGGUCGUUAACGAUGAUGUCACUCAGGAGGCGGAUGUUUACAUCGAGAACGGGCUCAUCCAGCAGGUGGGGCGGGAUCUGAUGAUUCCGGGCGGAGCCAAAGUGAUUGACGCGUCCGGGAAGCUGGUGAUUCCAGGCGGCAUCGACUCCAGCGUUCACCUGCAGCAGACCUUCAUGAACGCAAACACACAGGACGACUUCUACAGCGGUACCAAGGCGGCGCUGUUGGGCGGCUCCACGAUGGUGAUCGCUCACGUUCUUCCCGAGAGAGGCGCGUCGCUGCUGGACGAGUUUGAGAAGAUGCGCGCUCACGCUGAUGCAGAAGCCUGCUGUGAUUACGCGCUGCACGUGGGCGUCACCUGGUGGGGACCGAAGGUGCGCAGGGAGAUGGAGGUGUUGGUGGGAGAGAGAGGUGUUAACUCCUUCCAGAUGUUCCUGGCGUAUAGAGAUGUGCUGAUGCUGAAGGACUCGGAGCUCUAUCAGGCGAUGCACAGCUGUAAAGAGAUCGGAGCCGUCGCUCGUGUCCACGCGGAGAACGGAGAACUGGUGCACGAGGGCGCUAAAGAGGCAUUGGAUCUGGGCAUCAGUGGUCCGGAGGGGAUGGAGAUCAGUCGACCAGAGGAGUUGGAGGCAGAGGCCACACACCGAGCCAUAACCAUCGCAAACAGGGCUCACUGUCCAGUGUACUUGGUGAAUGUCUCCAGUGUGUCUGCUGCUGAUGUCAUUGCUGCUGCUCGGAUGCAGGGGAAGGUGGUUCACGCCGAGACCACGCUGGCUCAUUCAGCGCUCAGCGGCAUGCAUUACUAUCAUCAGGACUGGGCUCAUGCCGCCGCCCACGUCAUAGCUCCGCCCCUCCGGCUCGACCCCAACACCCCCGACUGCCUCAUGGGCCUGCUGGGCAAUGACAUCAUCAGCGUUGUGGCGUCGGAUCACCGUGCGUUCAGCACCAAGCAGAAGGCGAUGGGGAAGGAAGACUUCACCAAGAUCCCUCACGGAGCGGCCGGCGUGGAGGACCGCAUGAGUGUCAUCUGGGAGAGAGGAGUGGUCGCUGGUAAGAUGGAUGAGAAUCGUUUUGUGGCCGUGACGAGCUCGAACGCAGCUAAGAUCUAUAAUCUGUAUCCGCGGAAGGGCCGCAUUGUCCCCGGAGCCGAUGCUGAUGUGGUGGUGUGGGACCCGGACGCCAGCCGGACGAUCUCGGCAAGCUCUCAGGUUCAGGGCGGAGACUUUAACCUGUACGAGGGCCAGCGCUGUCACGGCGUCCCGCUGGUGACCAUCAGCCGCGGUCGUGUGGUGUGUGAGAACGGCGUGUUCACCUGCGCUCAGGGCUCUGGGAGGUUCUACCCCAUGCGAUCCUUCCCAGAUUUCCUCUACAAGAAGAUGGUCCAGAGAGAGAAGACCCAGAAGCUUCGCGCUGUGGAUCGAGCGCCGUAUUCGGGCGACGUCGCCGCCGUGACCAACUCUAUCAGGAAGGAAUCCGCCGCUCCGGAGGGCGAUGUUCCCAUGCGGGCGUCCACACGUCACACAGGCGUACGAGACCUCCACGAGUCCAGCUUCAGCCUGUCAGGAGCUCAAGUGGACGAUCACAUUCCCAAGAGAUCCUCGGCCAGAAUUCUGGCUCCACCUGGUGGACGCUCCAGUGGCAUCUGGUAACCGUGGAAACCGCAGAACCGUCUCCACGGCGACCGCAUCAUGUCCCCCUGUGAUUGAAACUAUUAAAUGUUGAGCUGUAAUCGAAGAACUGGAGCGAAUCGCAGUCAGCGUCGCAUCUAAAGUGCCAAUCAAACUGUGCCAAGAGGGUCUGGCUGCAGGCUUGCACGUGCACUCUCAGACACUCGCACUUCCGCUAGUGACGUCACUUGCAGUCUUUAUUUUUUAUUUAAUUGAUUUUUUUUUUUACUUUUUGUUUGAAUCUCCCAACAUUUUAUAACAGUAGCCAGGUUGUAAUUUAGUUUCUUUUUUCUUGUCUUCACCACCUGGCUACUGUUGGAAAAUGUUGAGAGAUUCCAACAAAAAGUUAUAAAUAAAUAGAACAAAAUAAAAAUAAAGACUGCAAGUGACGUCGCUAGCGGAAGCACAAGUGUCUGAGAGUGCAAGUCUGCAGCCAGACCCUUCUCAACUGUGCUGCAUGACCAUAAAACCACCCAGAAACCAUUAUACACUCGCAUCUCCUUCUCCCAAACUGUUUCGGGCCCUGUUGACUUCCAUAGUGUUUUAAGUGAAAAAUAUGUUACAUUAUGAAAACAUAACUGAAUGCAUUUUCGUCUUGGUUAUGUAAAUGUUAAAGAAAACGUUAGUAUUACAUUUUAUUAUAAGAUAUUUCAGACAUCAUGGUAAUGUUACUGUGGAGUGUUCCCUGAAGCAAGUAACAUUUAGAAAACAUUAGACUAAUGCCCGACUAAAACGUUUCAGAAAAACAUCCCAUUAACAAUGUAUAAAUACAUGUUUUGAGAGCAUGAUUAAAGACCAGAUCAGUGAACAAACGGUCUAUUAAUGUUACUGGAGAGAAUGUAUUCAGGAUUUUCUAUGGAAGUCAAUGGGUGCCGUCAACUGUUUGGUUCAUUAGAAAAAAAAACACUCAUACUGGUUUUAAACGACAUGACGGAGAGUAAACGAUUUUAAUAUUUAAUUCUUCUCCAGAUCACUGUAAGUUGUAGUUCAUGAUUUUGCCAAAAGAGCUAAGUGUUAAAAGUGACUGCAUUAUUUAAGUAUAAAUGUUUUUUGAAUCUAGAAUAACGGUUUUUGUGCUGAGAAUCACGUCACAGAUCCAUCUGCCCUCAUUUAGAGAUGCAGCUCAGCCAAAGAUGAACAUUAGCUGAAAAUGUGCCCAUCCCAGAUCAGUUUGUGACGGCACCCAUUCACUGCAGAGCAUCCUUUGAUGAGACACUGAUGCAAUGCUACAUUUCUCCAGACCUGAUGAAGACACACACUCAUCCUGAUCUGGGAUGAAGUGAGGAUGAGCAGAUUAUCAGCACAUGUGGAUCUCUGUCUGAACUCUUUGACUCUCUCGUGCACACACUGAUGUUAGUGUUUGUGUUUACAGUGAUGAAUAGACUGUCUGUAUUUACACAUGAAUAUUUAUAGAGCUGUAUGUUGUUAGUUUUGAUGUAAUGAAGUAUCUAGAGCUUCAGUGAGUCUCUGGUUCUGCUCACAGUCACAGAUUCGACCGGAUGAGGAUCUGUGAAACCAGACCCCGUCACAGAUUUAUAAAGCUCUUCCAUGUGUUGAUCAGUCUGUUAUUCGUGUGAUCAGUCGGAGCUAGGGCUGUUCUUAUUGGUGCUGUUUUUUAAAUUAAGAGUUUUCAUUGCUGAUCUCAGUGGAAAUGGUUUAGGUGUUUGUUUUUUUAUUUUUCUUGUCUUUUCAGAAAAAGCACUUUGUGAAGUGGUUUGUAAUUUUGUGGCAUGUGAUUUGUUCCUCGCAGUUGGUGCUGAGAGUAAAGGCUUGUUUCUUUUUAAUCAAGUGGAUAAGUGCAAAAAUAAAUGAAUAAAUAAAUAAAUAAAUAAUCCCUUAAGAAA